GUGCCAUGACAUCAUAUGACAUCGAUAACGAUUCAAUGACAUCCCGUCGAUGCUAUCGCGUGAUCCCCCCGAAAACGCAACCACCCUACUCACCCGAGUCGAGUUGAAUUCAGUGAGAUGACGACGCGCAUCCGGAACAGGGGCUGCAUCCCCCACCUGGGCGGCGAGGGGGUGUUCGUGGAGCCUCUGAUUAGGGGCGAGCGGAGCAGGGACGCGCCGUGUGGGGGCGCGCCUGCCUACCGCAGGAUGCACGACCACCACACGUUGGCCAGCGCUCGGCGGUUCGCGCUCUUCAAACCAUUCGGUGAUCUCAUUCCUCGUGACCAACUCGACCUGGUCCUCUCGUCCUCCUACAACCAAUCGACGGAGGUGUUUCCGGACACUGAGGACGUUUUCUUGCAACCGGAGACUCUCGGGGUCGAAACGUGGCGCAGGUUGCGCAACACACGUGACCUGACACCCGAGAGGGAGGAGAGGGCGGCAGCGACGGGAGGAGAGGAGGACAAGAGUAAGAAGAAGAGGGGGAAGCAGGGAGGCUCGGUGGUGAUCCCGUAUCGAUACAAUUUUGCGCAUAAAGUUUUGAUUGGUGGCGUCACUGAGAAGAAGCAUCCUUCCAACAUCAAACUGAUGAACUCCUCGCACCACAGUCCGCAAACAAACGCAGGAUAUUCAAGACAACCUUCGGAUGGAAAUGUAUAUCAAUAUUAA